AUGUUUCAUUCGCCGGAGGAGGGCGCCUCUUCGGAACCUAAGGUUGUGAAGAAACCAUUGGUUAGGGGACCGAUCAUGUCUUUCUUGGAAGAGCAUGGUUCCCGCUUUGACCAUGCUGCGCCAACCCCACAGGAUGCUGAACCUUUUCCUGGCCCACAAGGCUCACCGUCCCCUGCGGUGUGCAAGGUUGGGAAGAGCCUUGGUCGGUCAGGCUGGGGCUCUCUUCUCAACCUGAGUGCAUAUAAAGCUUUGCAUCCUGCCUGGAACCAGGAGCCUGACCUUUUACACCUCGCCGAAGGGCUUGAGGAGCAAUGCCAGGAGGGCACCUUGGAACACUGGGCCCUUUUUAAGUCUUUGGAGGCCACUGAGAUUCAGGAUCACAGCCUUGAGACCUGGGCCCGCAUCGCUCGUGCUUCUGAGGACUUAGUCCACUCUGUUUCCUCGGGUCAGCCUCGUACUUUCAAGUUUGUCUCGGCAAAUGUGACUUCCUGGAGACCUGAACUUAGGCAGUGGCUGGUCUUUCACCAGUUUGAUGUGGCCUUGAUUCAGGAGCACCACCUUUCGGAGAGGGCCUUUCAUGCUGAAACGGUUGCCCUCGCCAAGGCAGGCUACCAUGUCCAUGGCCAGCAUUCCCCUGUUCGCAAGCGGGAGAUUGGGGGUGUGAUGGUGUGUGUUAAGUCGCAUUUGCAGGCCAGACACGUUCACACCUUUCAGGAUCCUGAAACGGGCUGUGGUUUCGUAGCUGUCGCUAUUCGGGUGACGGGUUUCGACUUAGCCCUCUUGUCGCUGUAUCUUGAGUCAGGCAGCACUUUUGAAGGCCGGGCCAAUACCUUGGUCCUGUCCAAUAUGUAUGCAGUGAUUGCCUCGCUCAAGUGCCCGUGGUGCGUGGUUGGAGACUGGAACCUAGAUGCUUGUGAGGUCCUCGCCACCAGGCUUGAGGACCUCACAAAGGGUCGGUUACUUGGUACUGGGAUGCCUACUGCAGGCACCGCAGCUGAGCUGGACUAUGCACUGGUCCACCCCCGGUUGGCCUCGCAUCUUUCGCUUGAGCUUGCCUGGGAUGUUCCCUUUAAGCCCCAUGCGGCGCUUAAGUGCACCCUUCCUCUAAAGUCUUUGCAGGACCUCCAGCCAAAUUUGCGCUCCAUCACUGACACUUUUGACCCCAUUCUUGACGACCAGCGCAAUUUGCAACCCCCGGUUGUGUCACCGCAGAGGGUCACCCUCCUGGAAAUCGAGGCUUGUGACCCCGCCUCCCUCGCCUUUGCGGAGUUUUCUGCCAGCCGGUUCAAGGCUGGGGGGCCGCCCAAUGAAACCCUUUCCCUGCUCUCCAAGCUCGGCCCUGAGCACCAUCAAUGGGCAGACGAAGCCCGGGACACUGUUUCAAAUCAUCGUGACCUCGCGGCCCUGAGGGCCCAUGCUGAGGCGCAGGCCAAGCUUGCUAAGACCGCUCAGCAGGGAGCGCAGGCGGAGUCAUAUCAACAAUGGCUGUUUGGAGCCCUGUCGGCUGGCAUGGGGCCGGUGUAUCGUGCUCUUAAAAGCCACGAACAGACUCUCGCCCGGCCCUUUAGGGACCAGUCGGCCCUUGCCCGGGCUUACUGUCGCAUGGAGUUCUGGAGCCGCAUCUGGGAUGCGUCAAUUGUGCCGCCGCAGCCUCACCUGUCUGCAGAGCGCCUCGCCUUAAGGGUUGAGGCCCUGCAGCAGGCGCAGGAUUUGUCACCGCUAUCUUGGGAGCAGGUCAAGACAGCGUGCCUGGCCACGGGCAACAAGAAGGGAGGCCUUGAUGGUUGGUCGUACAAGGCUCUGCGUAACCUCCCUGACUUCUGCUACCGACAGCUUGCGGGGCUCUUUCGUCUUGCUGAGACGGACCUUACUUUGCCGCUUCAAAUGCUUACGGUGCAGGUCGCCCUUCUUGCAAAAACCCCAGAAAAAGAGCGCCCCAUAUCUCUCACAUCGGUCCUUUGGCGAGUGUACAGCAAGCUGCGACGCCCUCUCCUGGAGAGCUGGUUAAAGGAGUACGCGGCCUUUGCCCCUUUCGACUCCGCCACCCCAGGACACACUUCCCUUGACCCAGCACUUUCUCGCUUGAUCAAGGCAGAGGAUCAUAAGUUUCGCAAAGUUACUUUCAUAACUUUGUUCGUUGAUCUUGAAGGUUUCUAUGAUGGGGUAGAUUUUUCUCGACUGAUUUCACAGGGCAAAGCUUUGUCAUUUCCACCCUUGCUUUUGGAACUUAGUCUUCAGCUUUACAAUGGGCCUCGUUGUCUCCAUGGCGAGGGGGUUAGCACUGUUGCUUUGUGGCCCCAGAGGGGCAUCCUUCAGGGGUGCCCGUACGCACCCACGGUUGCAAAACUCACCACUCAUGCUCCGCUGCAGGGCAUCUCCCAGCACCGUGGGGUCAGCCAUGCCGAUUUAUGGCUUGAUGACAUCAGUGUCGAUGUGUCCCAUGCUGACCCGGAGGUUGCGGCCUCUUUGGCCCUGUCGGCAUCCAGGAAAUUGGAGGCCCUGCUUUCCGUUGAGAAGCUUCGCAUUAACAAAACCAAAACCAAGUUUGUUGUCAAUAGUGCCAAGGCGGCCAAAGCACUCAACAGUAUGCGUGUUGAAGGCGAUCCUCAGGUUGCUGACUUGGUCCGGGACCUUGGACUUGACUCGGCAGGUGCCAAGCGCAGAAGGGUUACGCAUGCUUUGAAACGCUUCAAGGUCGGCCGCGCCCGAAACCAGAAACUUCACCAACUUGGCACAGGCUGCAAAGCCCACAGGUUGUAUGCCACUUCCAUUCUUACGGCCGAGAUCUAUGGUUGCCAGGGACAGGGCUUGUCCCCCAAAAGGCUCAAGGUCGUUCGCGCAUCCAUCUCCAGGCAUGUUGGGCGGUCCAAGUGGGGCUCUGUCGACGUGUCUCUGGACUGUAUGUCCUUCCGUUGUCAAGACCCAUUGUUGACAGUUGUCCUUGCGCAGGCUGAUGCUUUGUAUAAAAUGUUCGGCCCCUCCACGGCACAAGGCUGGGAAAUCCUAGCCCGCACCUGGAAGGUGGCCUGGACUCGCCAAGAGGCGGCCGUGCAUGGAUGGAAGUGUGUUGCAGGCCCGGUUGCUGCUAUGGUGCAGUAUUGUAUUGAUUUGCGCAUCAAUGUCAGUGAUCCUCUGCGCUGGGUUCAUAGCAGCGGGGUUCUUCUGCUUGAUGUCACCAACCCUGGCCUUUUCCUGUCAGUUCGCCGCUUUCUUACUCAGGUUGUUGCCCUUGAAAGGGCUUCCCGCUUUGGUGCAGUCCUCACGGCCCAAGGUGCCCAGCAAGGAGUGGACUGGUCAGUCCACCGAAAGCUCUUGAAGGUUUCCAAGCUCUCAUCCCCGCGAUGGGCCUUUCACGCCGUGUGGCAAGGACGCACCUUGCACGCUGGGAAUGGUCCCAAAGGCUUGGACGACCCCGCAGGUCUCGGCCUCAGCUUUGGAAACCAGGGCCUUCUUCCGCCGGGCAGCACGGUGCCUCAGGGGGAGUCCCUCGCAAUCAUUGAAGCCCUCAAGGCCUUUGAGGCUGAAUUCCCUGGUCAGCUUUGGCGCCGCGAGCUCAAUGCCAAAGCAGACACUCUCGCAGGGAGCCGAGCUUGCGCCUUGGCACAGGUUGGUGGAGUCUCCACCCGAUCUAUUGCGAGUGCUUUUCAAUCUGCCAGCAACUUCGGUGCCGGCCCUAUGCCAGAGCGUGUUUCUGCAGUUCCUAAGCUUGGCCUUUUGAGCGCUGCCCAGGUCAACCCUCCAGCAGGGCCCGUCGCCUCCUCUGCAGCGGCUGCCCCAAGGUUGCCGGAGUGCCAAGGCGAGGUCACUCAGUCCACAGGAGUGCAAGGAGCAGCUGGUCAGUCCGUUUAUGUAGGCCUGCUAAGCAUGGCGCCUAAGCAAGAAGGGCGGCACAUAUCCACGCAACUCCGCCGUGAGGAGCGGGGAUUAUCAUGGAAAUCAGCGGCGACGAUAGACCGACAGCGGGGACGUAAGAAAGCCCGCAAACAGAAGAAGCGCCGCGCACAAAAUGAGCACGCUGGCAGGAGAACUGAGGAGGCUUGGCCGCCCCCAUCACCUCCACCAGGACCUCGUGCGGAGGCGAGACAUCGUGAAGCUGAAGAGCCGCCGUCCGACUCGGAGGAGCCCUCGCCUUCAGGGCUGAGGGCUCCCUCCACUGCGGCUGCUUCCAGCAGCCGGGGCCCAGCACGGGAGGAGCCCUCGCCUUUAGGGCUGAGGGCUCCACCCCCUACUGCUGCUGCAUCCAGCAGCCAAGGCUUACCUUUGCAACGACUUCCAGAAGCUGAAGAGCCACCGGUGGACCAGGACGACUCCAGCAACUGUCUUCAAUCUGACAGCAGUGAGACACCACAGCCUGCAGUCGCGCCGAAAGAUCGCCCAAGUGGCUUUGGCCCUCUUCUUCAUGAGGAUGGCCUAAUCACUUUCUUAUGUGUAGCUGCGCCCCAGGUGAAGCAUCCGGUGAACCACUACCAGUGCCUUCCGGAGAGCCUUGAAGUUUACCAUGACUUUGUCACUGGUGGGCGAACAAAAGCUGCUCAGGCGAGACGGCUGGGUUUCGGAAAGUCCCGGACAGUUUACGUUGACCCUGGCUCCUCGGAACACGUUCUGAAGUUGGCGCCACCACAAGGCCACGGGCCAGAACCGGAAGUUUGGAGACUGCUCCCUUAUAUAGUGCCGUGCACUUUGGAUGCGGGUAUUCACCUGCUCACGCUUUCUUGGAAGAGCUGCUAUGAUAUCAUCCCCACGCAUGUUUUGAGGCAGUCUAGGCUCACUCCACUUUCGGUGUGGAGGCCAGCUCCGCCGGACCUUGAUAUGGUCCGCUACAUGAUGGCACUGACUGCGGAGGCCUCCCGUUUCUACAAUCUCAAGGAUCUUGGCUUUUUCAACUUUGGUGUUGAUGCCCGUGGCUUCAUUAUGAUGUGGGACACCGCAGACUGGCUUCCAUGGGAGGGUCAAAGGGCACACUGGCCGAACAGACAGCGUGCCUCGGCUUUCUGGAGCGCGGUCAAGAGGAGUGUUCCAGACCACUUUCAGGAGCUACUCCAGCUUGUCAGCAACGCCUCGCCUGAGGAGGUGCUGCAACGGCUACGACCACUCCUUACGCAGCACUACAAGUGGUGCCUGCUACAGCAGGGAGUUUUCCUUGGUGACUAG